AAUCUCAUGAUCAAGUGGAAUAAAUAAAAUUGCGGUCCAUUCUAUUGCGCCAAGCCUUGCAAGUAAAUCUAGGCAACUCUGUUCUGUAAUGAGUUAUCUUUAUGUUCAAUACUGAAACUACCUAUGGAGGAUAACAAUUGGCAACUGUUUAAUGUUAAUAGUCAAUUGAAGAGUUCUCUCGCAAGCCUCUUUUUUUACCUUUUGAUGUUUCUAUCAAUCAUGAAGUUGUCAUUUGCAGCUGAUACGAUUGCUGUAGCGCAAUCCAUUAGUGAUGGUCAGACAUUGGUUUCUUCAUCCCAAAGCUUUGAACUAGGUUUCUUCUCUCCUGGCAAUUCAAAGAACAGAUUCCUUGGGAUAUGGUACAAGAAUCUUUCUGGGGCAGUUGUGUGGGUUGCAAACAGAAACAGCCCAAUCGCUGAUGCAGGUGGAGUUUUAACCAUCAACAGUGAUGGAAACCUGAUACUCUUUGAUGGAACAAACAGCACUGUUUGGUCUUCAAACAUCUCUAGAAAAGCAGAAGAUCCAGUGGCACAACUCUUAGAUUCUGGAAACUUAGUAAUUAAAGACAAAAAAACCAUGCAACCUGUUGAGAUCUAUCUGUGGCAGAGCUUUGAUUACCCGUCAGACACGCUGUUGCCAGGCAUGAAGCUUGGAAGGAACUUAAAAACUGGAUCAGAGUGGUUGUUAACAUCUUGGAAAAGUGCUGAUGAUCCAUCUCCAGGAAACUUUACUUGCAGACUUAGCAUUCAAGGCUUGCCUUCUAUGGUUACUUAUUUGGGAUCAGCAAAACUGUUCCGCAGUGGACCAUGGGAUGGAUUUAACUUUGGUGGUACUCCUGUUUCUCCCACCUUGAUUUUUGUACCAUAUGUGGUGCAUAGUGAGGAUGAAAUCUAUUACAGUUAUGAGCCUUUCAACAACCCAAUUAUUACGCGACUAAUCAUGGACCAGUCAGGUUCUCUCCUGCGUGUUAUAUGGAAUGAGAGGAGCAGUAAAUGGGACACAGUUUUCUUAGUGCCACCGGACCAAUGUGACCAAUAUGGCCAAUGUGGUGCAAAUGGUAUUUGCAACAUCAACAAGACACCAAUUUGUGAGUGUCUGAAAGGGUUCAGACCUGAGUCAGAAGGGAUGGAUUCAAAUAAUCGCAAUUCGUCUAAAAAGUGUGUAAAAGAAUCAUCGUCAGAUUGUCCAAAUGGAGAGGGGUUUCUAAAACUUGUUGGGGUGAAACUGCCUGACUUCAUAGAGUUCAAGUUGAAUGAGAGUAUGCUUCUUAAGGAAUGUGAGAUGGACUGCUUGAAAAACUGCUCUUGUAGUGCUUACGCAAGCACGAAAUUAGAUGAACAAGACAAGGGCUGCUUGAUGUGGUAUGGGGACCUGAUUGAUAUGAAAAACCUAUCAGGAAAAACUAUGGGACAUGAUAUCUAUGUAAGAGUAGCCUUUUCAGAACUAGGAUCAGAACGUGCUUCAAACGGAAAGAAACAAGUAAAGAUCAUCAUAAUAUUUUCAAUCAUUUCUGGAAUGCUUGUCUUGAGCUUGGUGUUCUGCCUUAUCGUGUGGAAAAAAUGGAAAGGAGGUAAGCAUAAAAUAGGCCAAGAGAGCUGCAAGGAUAAUGUAGAAGUGCCUUUGUUUGAUUUGGCUUCCAUUGAUGCUGCUACUAAUAGUUUCUCCCAAGAAAAUUUAAUAGGAAUUGGUGGAUUUGGUCCUGUUUACAAGGGCAUCCUUCCAACAGGAAAAGAAAUUGCUGUAAAGAGACUGUCCAAGAAUUCAGGACAAGGUACUGAAGAGUUUAGGAAUGAAGUAGCUUUAAUUGCCAAACUUCAACACAGAAAUCUUGUUUGGCUCUGUGGCAGCUGCAUUCAGGGGGAAGAAAGGCUUUUGGUCUAUGAAUAUAUGCCCAACAAAAGCUUGGAUUAUUUUAUCUUUGAUCAUGACAGGAGAGUAUUAUUGGCAUGGCAGAAACGCUUUGACAUUAUCAUGCAGAUUGUGAGAGGACUUCUGUAUCUACACCAAGACUCCAAGCUCCAAAUUAUCCACAGAGAUCUCAAAGCCAGCAAUAUUCUGCUAGAUAGUAAUAUGAACCCCAAAAUUUCAGACUUUGGCUUGGCAAGAACUUUUGAAGGGGAUGAUAAAGUAUCAGAAACUAAGAGAGUUGUUGGAACAUUUGGAUAUAUGUCUCCAGAAUAUGCAGUUAAUGGUAAAUUUUCAGCCAAGUCUGAUGUUUUCAGCUUUGGUGUACUUCUACUAGAGAUAAUAAGUGGCCAAAAGAUUAGUAGUUUCUGUCAUCCUGAUCACCAUCAUAGCCUAUCGGGCCAUGCAUGGUUGCUAUGGAAUGAAGGAAGGGCCAUGGAGCUGGUAGAUGCAUGCUUGGAGGAUUCUAUUGUUGAAUCUCAAGUUCUUAGAUGUAUUCAAGUGGGCUUGUUAUGUGUUCAAAAUUUACCCAAAGACAGGCCAACAAUGUCAUCCGUAAAUUUUAUGCUGGCAAAUGAAGAAGCAAAAUUGCCUCAUCCUAAAGAGCCAGGAUUCUUUACAGAUACAAGUUGCAAUGCAAAUACAGCAACAAGAAAGGAAGAAUCGAACACUGUAAAUGUAGUGACUAUAACAAUGUUGGGAGGGAGAUAGUAAUUCCUGACAAGUUUGCCUUUUAUUUUCCUUCCUUGCUUAUAGCAUAUUGCUGCAAAACAAAAAAUGUAAGAAUCUGGAGCUUAGUUCAAUUGUUUCAUAUGGUCACCUUUAAGAGGUGACAUCCAGUAGGUUUGAGGGUUCAAGUCCCAGUACUUGCAACCCUUUCCCCUAUUCUCAAGCUAUGGCCUCUUUUGUUCCAAAAAAAUUUGUAAAAUUAACUGCAAUAAUUAUUAUGGA